AUGUAUGAAGAGAACCGCUUGUCGUAUAUCGAGCUUUCAAAGUGUACCCACAAAGAGCAGGAGGUCCUGGUUGCAGGAUCCAAAGAAGACCGACAGCUCAGCAUCGAUGCAACAGGAAACGUGAAGAUCAAGGAUAAAGAGCUAAAACUUGAAGCCGACUUGAGCUCAGACUUGCUUGUUCGACAGGCUAUGCAGCGUCGGGGCCUUGCUUUUGACCAGGGUAACAUUUUGUCGUACCUCAUGCAUGAUCGUUGGAUUGAGAAAGUUUUCGACGCAAGACUUGAGAACCCGCCAGAUGGUUAUGGCCGAAUCACACAUCAGCAAGUAAUCAAUGCAGAUCGCAGACUGUUCGUUAAGCUUGCGGAAGCCACUCGCUCAGGAAUCCAGCUCACUGCAGGUGGGAGGCCGGUUGAACUCGCGUUUGAAGCCGCCAUGAACCAUCCUGAUGUCCUUCAUUUGUUGCAGCCCAUGCCAGUGGCCAGUUCUGUAACUCCAAAGCGCGAUCCUGACUUGCCUCAGGAUGAGUCCAAGCGCCGGCGCACCGAACAUCCAGGAGGUGCCAAAGGCCUUCAAGCCAGAGAUCAGGCCCGCGUUGACGCUGCCAAUGGCGUCUACUCUAGGACGGCUCAAUUCUUGCUCCACUGUACGCAGCAUGGCGUUUACUGGGCCAUUGAAAACCCACGACGCAGUCUCCUGUGGGAGAUUCCCUGCAUCGUUGACCUGUCACUUGUUGGGACCUUUGUUGACUUUGAUGCCUGUGCUUGGGGUUCUCAGCGAUUUGUCCAGCGAACCUUCCUCUCCACGCUGCCUCAUAUCUCGCAAUUGGCCGCCACCUGUCCUGGCAAUCAUCGCCACUUGCCAGUUGGGCGUAAGCGCAACGCCGAUGGCUCGAGGCGUUACGCCACCAGUGCGGAGGCUGCUUAUCCGCGUGAAUUGUGCUUGAAAAUUGUUGACAUAGUCCGACAAAGUGUCCAACCUUCGACGUUCCUUUCCAGUUCCAGUCCCACGCAUGCAGACUGCCCUCGCAUGUCUCUGCCGGUAAAUGUGAAAGGGACCAUCGCCAUGCAAAAGCAACCUCGAGGCCGAGCCGUUCCUCCUUUGGUGUCGGAAUACAAAUACCUCUCAACUGUGGCGCUUGCCGAAGCUCCACCAUUGGAUACUAAACGACGCUUGACCCAGCCUUUCCAGCACUUGCCCGUAGGGGCUAAACUUCUUACCCCCAUCGCGAAUUUGGGGAAGACGAAGAAAGCGAUAGGUGACGAGAACGUGGGCAACCAGGUGUGCCAGCAUACUUUUGGCGUGUUUCGUGACCCUGUUGAGUUUGUCCAUGAGUCCAAGUUGGUGAGCCACCCCUUUGACAUGUUCCAUGCUUUGCCAGACAGCAUGCUGAAGGAGGAGCUGAAGAGUUGUGCUAAGUUCGUUAGGCCUGCCCUCCUUGGAAAGGUUAGAUCGUCCGAGGUUAGUGAUGACCUUAGGAAGCUCUAUGACAUGACUUGUGAAGAGGCUACCAACAAACAUUGGAUGAAUGGCCCAUUAUCUGUUAGUGAUGUCCACGGUAUGCACGGUGACCAGUGGGUCCCCGUUCGUAGGUUUGGAGUUUGGCAGACCUCUGGAGAGUCCACUAAACUUAGACCAAUUGAUGAUUACGCUGAGAACCGUGUCAACUCUGCAUUUGCAUAUCUCGAUAAGUUAGACCUUAGGGCCCUCGACCAGAUGGUGUGGGCUUGCGUUGCAAUUUCCCGCUGCUGCGUGGCCAAAGGUGAAGCGCACUUUGUCUUGAGUGACGGCACGGAGCUCAGGGGACCGGUGAGUCGAUCUCUUCUCGUAAACGACGGUUGGAAACCUGUGUUGACUGUCGUCGACCUUGCAUCGGCCUACAAACAGUUGGCCAUCCAUCCGGACUGCAGGAAGUUGUCCAUAAUUGCCAUCAAAGACCCCAACACUCAGGAUGUUCAUUGCUUUGAAGGCAGGGUCUUGCCAUUCGGGGCCACGGCCAGUGUAGUGCACUUCAACAGGGUUGCAAGGUUCAUCCAAGCCGUUGGGCUGCAUCUUGACGUCAUCAUGAGUAAUUACUUUGAUGAUUACCCGGUCGUGUCGCCAGUCGCGCUCUCUAAGUCGAGCAUGGCGAGUGUGAUGAGCAUGCUUGACUUGUUGGGCUUCGCAUAUAGUAAAGACAAGCUGAAAGACUUCUCUGAACAGGUGCAAGUCCUUGGUGUUGUAGCUGACGUCGCGCAGGUGAACACUUUGGGAGUCAGGGUGUCCAAUAAGCCUUCACGGAUCAAGGAAGUUUCUGGUAUGAUUCAGGCCGUAAUAGGCAAUGGCAAGCCUUCCUUCACAGAGAGCAGUAAGUUGCUUGGCCGAAUUCAAUAUGCAGACAGCCAGAUCAUGGGUAGGACUGGUAGGCUUGCGAUGUGUGCCAUCCGCGAGUCGGUGAAGCGACAUGAAAACAUGUCCACGUUGUCCAGUGAGGCCCUGCAGUCUUUCCGCGUCCUCCUCGAUAGGCUUAGCAACGGAGUGCCUAGGAUCGUUCCUUGCAAUGACUGCCUGCCGCCAGUUCUAGUGUUCACUGACGGGGCUAGUGAGGGUGACCUUCACACUGUGGGAGGCGUUCUGUUCGACCCCGAACUUGACAGGCCUGAGUUCUUCAGUGGGGUGCUGCCCCAAGCACUCGUAGAGGAUUGGCAGGAAUCCAUGAAGCACGUGAUAGGACCA